AUGAGCGAUAAUCAGGACAUUUGUCAUUCAAUCGAAACGGCAAGCCGAAUCGAGACAGCAGUUUGCUGUUUGAUCAACGCCACAAAUUUUUCACUUCUCAUCACUUGUCUUUUCAUUCAGAGAAGAGCUUUUCAUCGGUAUUUCUGUAUCACUUACGGUUUAUUUGUCAUAUGUUAUGGAUCAUUUGUCAUUAUUACUGAAAUUGCGACAAUCGCCAAAUUUUUUGGGCGACUUGACAUCGCCGGUCAAGUUUUAUUCAUCUUAACCCCGAUGUACUAUUUCAUUCUAACGGUCAAUUUGACUUGUGCAAUUGAGCGACUCGGAGCGACAAUCUUUUACGAGACUUAUGAGAAGAGAAAACCGUGGUUGCUGUUGGCUGUUUCAUGGACAGUUGGGGCAACGAUCUCCUAUUUAUUGACAGCGAACGAAAUUGCCGGUUUUGCCUCGGAGGUGGUGCAAAUUUGGGAAUACGGUGGAUCGUUUUUCUCGAUUCUGAUCUCGGCUGGAUGCAUUAUGGUGAAUGUUCGGCAGACAAUCAGAAUUCGAGGUGGAAAAGGCACACUGACCGCUCGAUAUCAAUUAGCCGAGAAUAUUAGAGUCACCCAACUCACACUGAUCUUUGUUUUUUUUGACAACGCACUCACAAUCUAUGACUUAUUGUUGAUGGAGAUUUUUGGCUUUAAAGCGACUUUUGAAAUGGAUCAGUGUUUAGCUGGUCCAUUCAAAUAUGCAAUUGUUCACUUACCGACACUUAUUAUCCGCUACUCAUUGGUUUUCUCAAUUCCAACUCUGAGCUUUGUCUUCAACGAGAAUCUUCGACGACCGCUUAAUCAAAUGUUUUCCUGGAGAUCUUCAAAAACUCAAGAUUUCACUCAACAACGAAAGUUGGAGUUUCGAAAUGUGGUUGGCGGGAGAGUGACUUCUCUCGCUUCACAAGAGGCUUAUUUCGAUCAACUAUUAUUACAAUGGCAAAAAGAUGAA